AUGAUCAGUUUACAAGCGCUGACGCUCAGCUCCGAUCGAGUUGAAAGCCGCAGCGGGCACCAUCUAAAGAUGGCCUCUCCACCGAGUAGUCGCCUUUCUUUCACCUGUGUGUGGACUCAGAAGCCCGGUGAUGAUGUUCAGGAAUUUCUGGCAGCAUACAAACGGUUCUUUGAAUGGCAGCAGGUACAAAGCGUUAAGCUUCAACCACCGCGGAAGAUCCUCAAGCAUGAGUGGGAAGACCAGAAGUGGCUGGUUGAAAUUAGCCUUAAUCUACAUUCACGAAUGAAUGCAGAUAAGAUUGAGAGCUUGAGUGUAGAAAUAGCUCGCCGGUGGUGCACAACGGGACUCAGCGACAAGCAGAUGUCUAGAUACUUGCAGUGGCUGCAGCCUGACCGCAAAAAUGGCUUUUGGCAUGGCUGGUAUGCCAUUGAAGAAGGCAUCAAGAUGAACUCCAUAGCAUUUGGCACAUUUGUUGGCCUGGACAUCUUUGCCGAGCGUCAUGCCAUAGUCGGUAACUCCACUGGUAAAGGCUACAACAUAGACUGCACAUUCAGGCAUGAUGAGAGGUCUUUGCAGGUGUUCAUUGAAUUGAACCAUUGCACAACAACAGAUGUCUACCGGCUUAGCAUGUCUUACAACAACAUUUUUAAUGUGGUUGUGCACGAUCCCGACAGUGGGUCCGCAGAUGUAUUUCUUCAUGUGCACACCCUUCCCUUGUUUCACCGUGCAGAAGGCAGUGUGAGUUCUUCUGUCACUGUUUGGAAGGCCAAAAGACCAAACUCUCGAGAUCAAAUGGAUUUCCAGAGAACGUUAAAGAUUGGAUGCAAGCAGUGCGGCCUAGUUCUGGAAAGCAGUGACGUGGGCGGCUGUUUUGUCAUCAGGCUGAGCUUCAAUGACAGGCACAAGGCACGGCGCACUGUCGGUCGCCUAAGCCGUAGAUGCAGAAGAGCCCGCUUCAGCUUUGUGCCUGUGAAAACUCAUUCCGUUGGCAGUAAAGCUGAAGAGCUACGACAAGAGUUGUGCUCAAGGAUAAUGCCUAAGCUUCAGUUUAGAUGCUGCUAUGCACUCACUUCCCUCAUCCAAAUGAGUGACGACAUUAUUGUGCAGCUGAUGGUGUUAGAGAAGCAUGAGCAAGACACUCUCUUCAAAGACUUGGAAAGGUAUGCAGCUCACAACGAAGGGGCUCUGGAAGAAGCCUUGUUCAGCAUUUGCACUGCUCUCGAAAAUCGGAGUAAUGUCACCUUUGCUGCUGUCUUGCCCGAGCUAUUCAAAAAGCUCUGCAAGACGUAUCUGCCCCCUGCUGUGCCAAGGGGCUCCUGCCUCGUACGGCGACUGUUCGUGACACCGUCUCGCGUCUUUUUCCUGCCACCCGCCGUGCACGCCGAGAACAGAGUGCUUCGCAAAUUUGACGCGGAUUAUGCGCUUCGAGUCUCGUUCCGUGACGACCACUUUGAACUUUUGUCGCACACCCUGGGAUCUCAUGACAAGAAGCUUGAGAUGCUCAAUGAAGUUGUGGGAGGCUUCUUGCGUAAUGGAAUCAAGAUUGGUGACCGUCACUUCAGGCUUCUGGCUAGCUCUGUAAGCCAGCUUCGAGACCAUGGUGUCUGGCUCUACGCAAAUGACUGUCAUGGAAAUUCAGUGGAGUCCAUACGGGCUUGGAUGGGGGACUUCAGUGAGAUCCCCAGCGUUGCCAAGAAGAUAGCACGAAUGGGUCAGUGUUUUUCGACAACAGAAGAGUCUGUCAUUGUACCUCUUCAUGGCGAGACUAUGGAGGAUGCGCCAGACAUAGAGGGCGGCGUGCACCCCGUAUCCGGAAAGCGCUACGUUUUCUCAGAUGGCAUUGGGGUGAUCUCGGAGUCUCUUAUGAAAAAGGUCUGUGCAAAGCUGGACAUGGCACAGGUUCCAUCUGCCAUUCAGAUUCGCUAUGCAGGCUACAAAGGCAUGCUGUGUACAAACAAUGCUCUGCAGGGCGACAAGCUCAUUCUGCGCAAAAGCAUGAACAAGUUUGCCUGUGUCACGUCAGCCAGCAUUGAGGUUAUCAAGGUGUCUGCUCCCUCAUCGGUGUUUCUGAACCGCCCUUUGAUCACCAUUCUGGAGCAGCUGGAUGUUCCCCGGCGGGUGUUCUUGCACUUGCAGCAGAACAUGCUGCUUCAGCUCUGUGAUGCCCUUGUCAAUGACGGUGCGGCUUUGAGGGCGCUUGGCACCUACGCAAACACCAGCCUGCCUUUUGCCAAGCUGCUUGCAAACGGGAUGUCCCUGAGUCGGGAGCCACUCAUUCGCGCCAUGAUACUGGCUGUCUACGAGAGCUUACUCGUGGGGCUCAAAGAAAAGAGUCGAAUUGCCAUUCCUUCAGAGAAGGGCCGUAACAUGUUGGGUGUCCUUGAUGAGACUAGCACCCUUGAGUAUGGUCAAGUGUUUGUCCAGUACACACAUUUGGGCAUUGACCUCCAGAAUGGAACACCAGACUCUGGUAACAACCACUCAGGUGGCACCCAAGUGCUGACGGGUACUGUGCUGGUGACCAAGUGCCCCUGCCUGCACCCUGGUGAUGUGCGCAAGUUUGAGGCAGUUGAUGUGCCUGCUUUGCACCACAUCAGGGACUGCAUUGUGUUUCCAGCCAAAGGUCCCCGGCCUCACCCCAACGAGAUGGCUGGUUCAGACCUUGAUGGAGACGAGUACAUCGUGAUCUGGGAACAAGACCUCUUCUUUCCAGGGCCAAACAGGGAGCCCAUGGUGUUCAGUGACACUUCCGUUGGAGCUCCCUCGACUGGAAACCUGGACGAUGACAUCAUUCAGUUCCUCUGCAAGUACAUCCUUAACGACAGUGUAGGCAUCAUGUCCAAUGCGCACCUGGCCUGGGCUGACCAGCUUCCAGAUGGCAUUUUCUCUUACACCUGUCUCGAACUUGCCAAGAAAAUCUCUACCUGCCUCGACUUCGCAAAGACUGGCAUCAACGCUGAACUCACUCGGUCUGAACGUGUUCAGAAGUACCCUGAUUUCAUGAACAAGAGGGGAAUUAAACCAGUGUACAGGUCUAAGAGGGUACUGGGAGAACUCUACCGCCUAAACAAGACACUGAUCAGCAACACUUACCAUGCGUAUACUGCGGCUGAUUUUCACAGUGCCCUGUUUGAUUACCCAGGAUGGCAAAAGCACCGGCACGCUGCAGAGAAUGCCCGUGAUAUCUAUGAAGACAUGAUGAUGAGGAUCAUGAAUCAGUAUGGCAUUGAGAGUGAAGCUGAAGUGGUAGCAGGGGUCAUUAACAGUGUCUCACGUUACAACAAGAGCAAACAGGACAAAACCAGUGUGGAAACCUUGGUUUCUAAACAAUAUCGGGAGCUCACUGAAGCGAUGCAGAAGCAGUUUGUCGUAGAUGUCGAAGCAGUCUCUCAGCGAGGUCAUAGCCAGCCAACACAACAAACACUGCUGGAGAUGGCAUCUGCCUGGUACAUGGUAACCUGCAGCGAUGAGCAGUUUAAGGAGCAUAGCUUGGGUCUUCCAUGGUGCAUUGCAGACAGCCUGCUACUGCUUUUGAAAGAUCGAAGUUGUGCACAGUCAACAGGCAAGACGGUGCCACGGAACUUGUUGUCUGCAAAGAUAAAUCAGCAUAGCUCUGGUCGUUCAUCACAAGAUGCAGCAUUUGACCUGCUGUGUGCAUGGGCACGAAAGGAAGAUCUAUUGUGCGAUACUGUUACCAAGGCUUCCCAAGUUUGCAUGUCAUGCUUCAAGCGGGCUUUCCAGCAAUAUUUGUCUAGCAGCCACAGUUCAACAGGAGCACUGAGCUGCGUCAAGUCUCAAGGAGACGCAGGCAGCUGUGGGCAGACUGCCGGUGACUUCGUUAGUGGGUUCAUUCGCUACCUCACCAUGGCGCUGACGGGGCUUCCAGUUUGCAACGAGUGCUGCUCACCUUCUGGCCAAGUGCACAAGCUGACAUUGGCAGCCUUGUACCGUUACUCUAGGCUGGUCAUGUCGAGGGAUGUCUGCUGCUUUGGUCUUCCUUGUGAUCCUGACCUUCAUGACAGCGCAGACGAGGUGCUAGAGUCUGACCCCAUCCGUAUAAAUGUUCAAACAGCUCGCUUCGUGGAGAUGUUGCGGGAGCAGGAAGGCUUGGUGAAGGAACUGCUGUGCCGGUGGACCGGUGUGGAGGAGGUCAACAUCCGCCUGCACAGCUACCGUUCACGCAAAUACCAUUACAUCAUUGUCUCGGCUGUUGGACGCCAGUGGCAGCUGUGUUGUUUUGAUGAGCUGGUAGCACAGCCAUGGCUUGAAGAUGCCAUCGUCAACAGAAGGCUAGGUUAGCCUACAACUCAGCUGUGACUUACCUACUCUCCCUGUGAACCUAAUUCUGGUCAUUGCCAAAGGGUAAAUUAACCACGCAGUCAACAGUUAAGUGCUAAGCAUCAUUGGUUGACACUUUUGAAAGAUCUUGACCAUAUAUUUCCUGGAGUCAUAUUUCGCUGGAGGUCAUGUUUUGCCUGGAGCUGGCAGUUUACUGUUCUAUUGUUGGUCUUCCAACUAUGCUUCCUUUCCUGGAAAAGCUGUUAGGUUUAUGUGCUGGCAUUUAAGCUACACAUUCAUACAUUUACAACUGUUUCUGAAAGUAGCCAGAGACUCAAGACAGCAGCCACCAUGACACGGCACAUUAAGAAAUUGUGCAUUCCAAGCCGCGUGGGGCAUGUUUUCUUUUCCUCUGCAUUUAUCUAUCAGAAAAUGUCACACAGCAUUUCAUUUUUUUUUGUCAUAACGACUCGUUAACUAUUUGUUACGUACAUUUUCAUGUGUUUCACAUUCCACCUUAUGUUAUUUCAUACCUUGGUUUGGCAAAGAUGGGCCUAGCACAUUUCUAAUUUUAUUGUAUUGCAAAGUUCACUUAGCUGACCAAUGGUAAGGUCUGCUCAUCUCGUUUUUGUAGAUGCAUACACCAAAGAUUCUUGACCAAUUUUGUUUUUUGAACGUCUUGGAUACUGAUCUCAAUUGAGAGCACUUCUCACUUGCCCGAAAUUUGUAAUCUCAAGCUCAGAUUUACUUUGUACUACUUAUCAUACAUUUUGAUCUUGCUUCAGUGUCAUUUCCUUCUUUCAGAGUGGGGUUUAAUUACCUUAUCAAAUGUGACACAUUUCACUGCACGUCAGCAUGUUGUCAAUAGCAGCCUGACAAGCAUGCAACAAAUCAAUGCAAAAGCCAGAAAGUAUCUGUGAGUUCAUCUGUGUUAUUAGUAUUCUUGUGCUUUUCUAUAAUUAUUAUUUGUGUGACUUUCAAGAAUUUUUAUGAAUGUUCAAGUGCCUUUCGAAAAUAUACUAUACAUUGUUGAUACAACGUAGUAGCUGCAUUAAUUGCUGUUGCUUUGCGGUGCUAGUUCCUGGGCAAUUAGUGUUUACUGUGUCUGGCUAUUUAAAAAAGCAACAGACCAGUACACCCAUGGUUCACAACAAUUUCAUAUUUUUGUCUUGUAGACCAGUGGUUCAUCAACGAAACACACAUAAAAUGGUGACUUAAGCUAGUCCGAUAUUGCUGUUGAAGUGGAAUCUUCCUACCAUGUAUACUUAAUAUUUGAAUCUUUCUACCAUGUAUACUUAAUAUUUUUGUGAAAUUGUUAUGUGGACCAACAUAAUAAGGUAUUUUUGUACUUGUGUCUGUAACAAGCAGUUGCAAUAAAUUUUCUCA